AUGUAAGUAACUCUUAUACUUUUUAUAAGUGAUGAAAGAUAUGACGCAGUUUCAAAUUAUUUGAUUUCGCUGGCAAAAUGAGCGAUCGUAAAUUUACCACAUUAAGAAAGCGACUUGAUCAACUUGGAUAUCGUCAGCCAUUAGUUAUUGAAGCUAUACCAUUGGUGGAAAAGUUGUUUAGUGAUCUGGUACAUACUACUGAAAAUUUUAAAAACUACAAAAAUAAAUUAAUUAAAAAUGAUAGAGAACUCCUUGCUACCGAUGUCAGUGAACCUUAUCGUAAUGAUAAUGCAAAGUUGAUCCGAGAAAACAAUGAGUUGCAUACAGAAUUGAUUCGAUGUAAAGAAGAAAAUGAGAACUUAGUUGCAGAGUUGAAGUCUUCUGUUCGUAAAUUAGAAAAUGAAAAUCAGGAUUUAAAAUUUCUGAAUACUCAAUAUAUACAUAAAAUAAAAAGAUUGGAAAAAGAAUCAAAACAAAAAAGCGAUCAUAUUCAGAACUUGCAAGAAAAAAAUAUGCAUGCUGUCAUUGAAACACCUGGUGGUCGAAAGAAAAAUAUUCCAUUUAGAAGGCAGCGGAUGGAUUUAGAAAGUACUUUGCAACCAAACACUGUCUCGUUACGCACAACACAAAGCUCUGACCCAUAUGUAGCAGAUCUUCUGGGUAUUGCUGAUGCAAGAACUGAAGAUCUAAAACAGAAGUUGAACGUUUUUGAGGAUGUUAAAAAAGAAUUGGAACAAAAGCUUAAAAACAUAAAAAAGCAGGUUGAAACUCGUGAUAAAGAAAUAGAUCGCUUGAAAAACAUGCUGAAUGGUGGUCGGCCAAUUGAGGCUGUGUUUACUGACAAUCACCGUAGUAGCAGUGAUCGUGUUGUUGCACAUUUAAAUAUACAGGUUGAUUAUCUGCAACAAGCAAAUAGAGACUUAGAAAAACAACUGGCACAAAAUCAAGCCAGCCAAGCAGAAUCUGUUUCAAUGGCCAAACAACUGCAAGAACGUAAUGAAGAACUUUGCAUAGAACUUGCUGCCAUGGAUAAAAUCUGCAAAAAUAUUGAAAAAGAAAAGCGUAGGGGAGACGAUGAAGUUGAUAAUCAGCUUAUUGCUUUACAAAAACAGGUUGAAGGAAAGCAUCAAGUUUUACUUGAAUUGGAAGCUGCAAAUUACUCUUUGAAGAAGGAGAGAGAUGAGUUGAUAGAAGAAACUGGCCAAUUAAGUAGUGGCAUUAAAGCAGCUCAAGAUGAUAAACAAAACAUUGCAGCACUUUUUGAGAGAGCUGAGAAAGAAAAAAGAAGGUUAUCUGAGAAGAACGCUAAGUUAACUAUAUCAGGAAGAGAAUUGGCUAUGGAGUUAGAGAGGCUGAAAGUUUCCAAAGGAGUUCUGCCUAAAAAAUCACACAAGCCUCCAAAUAACAUCGAGUUGUUAAUAAGAAAUCUUGAGGAUGAUCGAGACUAUUACAAGCAUGAAUGCGAUGCACUACAGAAGAUGAUCCACAAAAGGUUGUUAUCAAAUGUGGAAAUCAACACAACUGAAAAAAUGCAUGAGAACAAUGCGAUGUUGAAGUUGAUGACUGAAGAAAGGGAUUAUUACAAAAACGAGUUAGAACAUUCAUCACGGUUUUCUGAAAGGGAUGGUAGGGUUACAAGUAAAUCGACAGAGGUGUCACAGCUAAAAAGAGAAAGGGAUGAAUUACAGAAAGUGUUGCAGACGUUUGAGAGUCAUCUGGCAAAAAUUCAAGAAAAUGUACGAGUUGUGACAACUGAUCGAGACAACAUUCAACUACUGUAUGAACAGUCAACAGAAGAAAUUCAACGUUUAAGACGUCAAAUGGCUCGGGCUCGCUCACCUCCGAACACUUCCAGAAAAGUGACAGAGAUAUUAGAUAAAGCUGAGAAAGAGAGAGACGAAGCUUUAGCAGAGUUGCGAAAAGCACGAGUCGAUAUACAAAGCUUGAGAAGGGAUAUCAAGGCAAUCCAGGAGUCACAUCAAACUGACAGACAAUUACAAAACGCAAAGCAAAGAGACGUGGAGGAUAUUUUAUCAAAAAUGGAGACUGAUAAUAACACUUUGAACACGAGAAUGACGUCGACACAAAGUAUGAUUCACACUCUUGAAGAUCAAUUGUUUGCUGCUAACCAAUCAGUGCAAAGAACAAAUGAAGAAGUCAUGCAGAAAGAAGCAGAACUAUCAAAGUUGAGAGUGCUUGUAGAACGAAGUGAUAGAAGUUGUGACGAAUUGAAGAGAAAACUGGAGGAGAAAACCAUCGAACUGGAACAAAGAGAUGACGACAACAUCAAAAUAGAAGAUAAAUAUGAAUUAUUGGAAAAAAAAUUAUUGGAAUACAAAAAUGAAGUCGUUCGAUUGAAAGGUAUUGUUUCAUCUUUGGACCAUGAACGCGAUACUCUUCUGCAGCAAGUUGACGAUAAAACAGAACAGCUUGUCAAAUUAGACGAUGGCUUGCGUAAACAGGAAAAGGCUGAUCAAGAAUUGAAAUUCAGUUUUGAAGAAUUAGAAGAGAACUUACGGUAUAAGGAACAAGAGUUGGCGUCAAAAGACAGAGAAAUCAUCAGCUUGUCCAAACAAUUGAGAAGUUUAGAAGAGGAGUUAGCUGCCGUCGCAAAGUCACGUGAUGCGACUAUUAAAGAAAAUAAAAGAAUACAAGAUGACUUAGCUGUAAUGACAGAAGAAAACCAAAUUGUCCACAAGAACCUGCAAGAAUCACUGGAUGAAAGUCAUAAUUUGAAACAACAAAUUGAAGAAUACAUUUUACAAUUAACAAGAAUACAAGACUUAUUAUCUGAAAAGGAAAUCGAAAAGGAAGAUUUGUUGCUUCAGUACAAAACAUUAAGCAACAAGGCUGAUAUUUUGGAAACAAAUAUGCAACAAAGUGAGGACGAUGCUGAAACUUACAGACAGGACGUGUUGCAUCUUCAAAAGGAGGUAAAUUAUUUACAGGACCGCUGUGCAGCAUUUCAAUCAGAAGUUGAGCAACACAUAAGCACUGAAGAAUCUUACGAGUCCCAAAUCGCUGCCCUAACAAAAUCUUUGGCUAAUCUUGAAUCCCAGUUGAGAAUAUGCAGCGAAGAGAAGGAGACCAUUCUUCAAGAUUUAUUUGCUGUUCGAGAGUUAUGUGUGAAACUCGACCAAACAAGAGAAGAACUAACAAGGAAAAUCGCCGCAAAAUCCACAGAUAACGAAAACAUGGAACAAAGGCUCAACGAAACGAAAGCGGAGACAGAAGUCUACAGAAAGCAGAUACUACAAGAAAAGGAAAAUAUAAAAUCUCUGGAGAAUAUAAUUUCCACAUCAAGAGAAAAACAAUUUUUUGAAAAACGUACCCACGAAGAAGAGAUGUUGGAUCUCGAACAACUGAAGAGAGAUCUUGACAAAUCCGAUCGCAUCAGAAAGCAGAUAGAGUCGGAAAACGACAAUCUACGAAAACAAAGUAUUGCGUUGCAGCAGGAUGUGACGUCAUUGCAAACACAACUUACAACGGAGAAGUUUGAAAGGGAGCGCUUAAAGCAAGAACUUCGACGAAAAAGCCAUUCUUCAAUUCCAGAUUUACACCGGACAUCUAAAUCAACUGAAAACAUGUAUGCUACUGAAACAAAAAUAGUAACAACUUCAACAGCAAGUAACUUACGUGGUAGCAACAGUAGUUAUCUCUCUUCCAGAAAACACCUGUCACCACCCACGUCACCCGUUAGGAUGGGCACGAGCGGUGCGUUUUCACCUCUUCAAGUGUCAUUUUCAUCGGAUGGCACUGAAUCUUGACGACAUUAUUGUAAAUAUAGAUUUUUAAAACCAUUCUACAUAUUUAUUACUGUGUGAAUAAUAGAAAAAUUAUGCAAUAA